GAUAUAAACCUUGCAGGAGGAUCUACCUAUCGACCAAUCACAACGGAGCGUUAAUUUAUAUACCUGACUCCAAUAAUCCGUCUGCUACUGCAAAUUAAAAUGGUUUAUUGAUAAAUUGGUAACAGCCGGGAGUUUUAGAAUAACGUGUGAUUAACAUUUCAGCUGAACAAUAUUGAGGUCACGCUGAUUGGUGCGUUAUAAACGGAAGCAGCAGCCACAUCCUGCGCCACAGAGGGAACGUGAGGAGAUGUGACGUCACGAGCGGGCAGAGAGAAGUUAGCUAGGAUGCGAACCAAAACACGCAGCUAUUAGCUGUUUCUUAUCUUUUAUAUAUUGUUUUCGGGUGACGAGUAUUGACGAUGUAUGUAAAGAAUGAGAUGAACUGACUACAGCCUGAAAUCCGCUAUGGAGACUUGUCGGUGGUGUACCACAUCCCCCGAAAACGAUGUGGCCGUCAAAGAGGUCCUAAAGCGCUAUUGCACCGGUGAAAUGACGCAGAAAGAAAUGCAUGAUGCUAAUAGCGACUUCAUCUACUGUCUAGAGUGUGUGGUGAGGUACCACAGAGCAAGAGAAAUGGUCCCGGAACUGCACAAGCGUCUGUGGGAAUUGGAGACGACACGGCUGCUUGAAGUUUUCCGGGAAAUGUUGGAGGCCGAUCUGGAGGAUGAUGACCUGUACUUUGUCGAAAAAGGUUAUAACCUGCCUGUCUCCAAUGUCACACCUGAGGAAUUUCACAACCGGCUGAGAUUCCCGCUUGUGGAAGUGCUGAAAUACCCUUACCUUCUGUGUCACCAGGAGCUCUGUGAGAUGGUAGUGAAUGUGUUGUGCAAAAUGGAGGACAUGAAGAACCCUCUGCCAGUGCAUGACCAGUAUCAGGGAACCUACCUGCUCAUGGUGCACCCCAACGAAACGGUGCGUCGCUGGGCAAUAGCUACUGCUAGAUCAUUGGGCAGGGUGGACAGAGAUAACUAUUAUGAUCUUCAGGAGGUCUUUGCCUGCAUGUUCUAUGUCAUUGAUUUAGGAAUCACUGUGGACUUUCUAAGCACAGAUGACUCCUACUGCUCUGGCAAGCUCAAGAUGCUACAGCCACAUCUCUUUGACUCCAAAAAUAAAAAGAGUUACUGGCUAGGUAUCUGUAUGUUGCUGAUGCAGCUGGACUCUCAAGCCAUGGACUCGUUGUUAAUGGGGCCAGAAGGGCAGUCUAGCAUUCCCCAGUGUAUUAUCAAUACCAUGAAUGACUCUAAUAAAGAUGAUGACCUAGAUCCAUUCUGGCCUGCUUUGCACUGUUUCUUGGUCAUUCUAGAUCGACUGGGCUCAAAGAUCUGGGGUCAGAUAGAACCACUAGAUGCUUUCAAGGCCAUCACUAAAGCAGGCAGCUACAUGGCUAAAAUUGAAAAUAUUCGAGAGCAAACCGCAAGGACAAGGGUGAAAGUGGAGCCUGAAAAUCAUGACGAUCUGUUGUCAUGCAGUCAGAUUGUGUAUGACUGCUAUACUGCGGAGCGAGCAAGUCGAUCAUCGGACUGUUCAUCUGACAAUAGUGACACAAGUGGCAAUGCAAUCUUUGAAGAAAUGAGCUGCCUAGUUAAUGUUUUACAGUCUGAAAUGGGCCAAGGCAUGCGUGUAUAUGGUAGCACCUUUCUUUGGUUUAUUCCAUUCGUUCGCUCCCUCAUGGAGUUGAAUGAGCUUAAUAGCAUAUGCGUUGGGGAGGUUAUCCACUACUUGGAGAACAAUGUCGACAAGAAUGUGCUCUCUGGAAGAACACAGACCUGUGACAAAGUGACCGAGUUCUUCAUCCGCAUCCUUGUUGAUCUAAUUAAACUGCACAUGAAUAAUGGCUACAUGGAAAGACUGUCCUAUUUUACCCAUAUAUGGGUAGAUAUGGUGAUGCAGUGUGCUACACUUUCUGAUGACUUUUGUAAUACCAGGGGAGUCCAUUCAACUUCACACUUUGGUAGAGGCAAUGUGAUGCCAGCAGUGGGUGUGGGUGCAAUGAGUCAAGACUGCAUGAAGUUAAUUCGCUCCAUGUUGAAAGAAGGGGGGCGGACAGGAACGGAUCCGGAGUCUGCACAUUUUCUGGACCUAAUUAACCGCCACCUGCGCUUUUUCUCUUCUAAAGGGUGGAAUCUAUCCAAAUCUGAAUAUGAUAAUCUUAAGAAAUGCUUACUCAGGCUUGUAAAAGUAAUAACGGAAAGACCCAAAGUUUCAAAUGAUGUUUUACCAUGUGCUCCACCAACACCGCCAUCAGAUCCCUCUGAAAAUGUCAUUUCCUACCCAAAUUCCACAGUGACUUUGCCUCUGCAGCAGGUACAAACCAAAGAUGCAGAGGUUGGUCCAUGUGGUCCGGUAGGUAAUUCUAUUAAGGAAGAGCCACUAUGGAAUCAUGAGGAAUGUCAAAGUUUCUGUGAUGGACAUGAGGAAAUAAUUAAGGUAAAAAAAGAACCUUACAACCCAAUGCCAAUUUCAGAAUCUAGACCUAUGGAGGGGCUUCGUAUCGUAGCUCCAGGGAAAGUACAAGAAAUUAAAUCUAUGUUGGCACAUAAGAAUUUUUCCACAAAACAAACCAUUGUAAAGGGAAGAUUAAAAACUGAGGAUGAACAGGGUAAUUGUAGUGGCUUGAAAGAGAUUGGACAUGCCUCAAGUGUAAGCCCACAGCCUUCAACCUCACAAUCUAAGAUCCCUGACUCUGCCAGGCUUAGCAAAUCCUCAAAAGAUAAAUCGGAUGAUGAUGAGCCCCUUGAUGUCCGAAGGCGUCGCCUAAAAAGAUCUAAAAAGUCUAGUGAAGAGGAUUCCGAUGAUGUCAGACAGAUUUCAGUACAGUUGUCUAGCACUGCAAAACAGAUUCAUCCGAGUAGCAUAAACAUUAUUUCAGAUCACAGGGUUUCUUCAAGUGACAACAAGUUAUUAGAAAACCGGGUAACGCGUGACACCCUUGUGGAUCUCGACUCCAAAAGCCCAGGACGUGAUUUUGACGAUUUAAGUGAAUCACAAGUAUUUGAGUUUGAAACACAAGCGCACAUGGUAUCUUCCUGGAAUGAGCCACACAUUGACAUCACAGAUGUGUCCAAAAAGCACAAACUUCAGUAUGACUCCAAAGCAUAUAGUAGUCAUGAUGCUGUGGAGCCCAUGGAUACUCAGCCCAUCUCAGAUGAAGACAUUGAGAAAGCCUGUCUCCAAGUGGAGGUACAAAUCUGUAAAGAGCAACGGCCACAGGAACCGAUUUCAUCAGGCACGCGAGUGCCACCCAAACCUAGUUCCAAUGAAAAAAGAGAUUUUAUUCAACAUUCCAAAAGUCAGACUGAAAAAAGUAUCCCGACUGAUAAAGGCAAACGAUGGCCGUGCAAAAAGCCUCCUGUUAUUGCAGCCCUGAGUCAAAAAAUUAAGAAGCGUUCACAUGACACCAUAUCUAAGGAUCUUGUUAAACCAUGUUCUUCCACAAUGCUGACUUCAUCCUCUGUUACUAUUGCCCCUUCCAGAGGUACCUCUGCAUCCUCUGUUGCACCUUUACGAUCCACCCCUGCAGUAGUUCCAACAAAAAAGGUUCGCAAACGUGUUGAACCAGAACUUCCAGAAGAGCUCCUGGGGUUAAAAAAGAAGGAAAGAAAAGCUUUUGACUUUUCACAGCGUUCCUUGGUCACGCUGGGUGAACUUCGUUCGCAUGGCCAGAAUGUGCAUGUCGACGCACAACCGAAGUCAAAAAGAAUUCGUAAACAGAAGGUUGUUGUGAAGAAAGGAAAGAAGUUACUUGCAUCACAAGAUUUGCAGUACUUUAGACAGAGCCGUAGUAUGCUCGAGAAGGCAACAUCAGCCGCUCCUGUUGCUGCCAAAUCAUACCAGCGUCCUGUACCAGAGACCCUGCCCAAAUUAAAACCUGCAACUGAAACUAUGGAGGAACCAAGAGAUGAGGAGGACGAUUACUAUUUCCUUCCCUGCUCUCAGCCUGAUCCUGAAAGAAGGAUGGACAAUAAAUUGGGUACCACUGAAGUCAAUACUAGUAAUGCAAAUGACUCCAAAAAUACAGUUAGGGAUUGGGAUGAGAACAAUAAAAGUAAAGAGUUCAGUUCCCUUCAAAACAAUAAGUGUGGUUCCAUGGCAGAAGGCAAAGAAUCCAGGGAUGAAAACGGUCAUGGUGGUGACCAUUAUGAUGAUGAAUGGAUGUCCUUUACACAAAAUGAACCAACGGACAUGGAGUUAUGCUCUCAAAUGGAACAAAUGGAGUAUGCCGAGAACUUGAUAAUUACAGGAUCUGUGCACAUGGACAACGACGCUGGCAAACAUUCAAAUAUUUCAGAAGCAGAACCAAGUGCGUCACUUAAACCAGCAUCUUGCAACACUAUUCAGAAGUCACUUCCUGAUGCUUCAAGUGCAACCACUUCAAAUGAUCCGUUGCUCAUAAAACCUAGCACGCUCACUGAGUGUCAGAAAAAAGCAAAGCCUCCAACCAAGAUUUAUACGUCAUGUUCCCGCAGUGCCUCUUUGGCCAAAGAAAUGGGAAAAGUAGCCAACCCUCUACCUGCUGCUAAUGUUACUAAGGCAAAGGUUGUACGGGCGCCGCCACCAGCCAUGCCGCCGCCACCAGCCAUGCCGCCGCCACCAGCCAUGCCGCCGCCACCAGCCAUGCCGCCGCCACCAGCCAUGCCGCCGCCAGCAAUUCCAAAAUCCACACCACAGCAUGAAUUUAGCCAACCAAUUCCACCCAGACCCAUCCUGCACACUACAAAUCAGGUUUCAAAACCGUCUUUUAAUGUAACAUUUGCUCCCCAUGUUCCUUCCUAUAAGACUUACUCCAGACCAGAAAUGCCUGUACCAGUACGAACACCAACGAUUGAUCAAAGUCGAAAAUUUGAUAAUUCUCCAAUGUAUGACCAGUCGUACCUAAAACAGGCUAUUUUGAAGUGGGAGUACCUCAUGUUCGAGAACUAUAAAGCCUUUGGGACGCCCCAAGACUUGUGUCCAUUAGCCCUAAAGGAAGUACCAACAACGUUCUCUAGCUAUACGGAAUACUUUAAUGCCUUCUACCCACUUCUGCUCAUUAAUACAUUUGAAGAGAUGGUCAGCGAAUGGCUGAAUGGUCGGAAAAUUGAAAUUUCCCUGAAGGUCCAGGGAAUUGAAUACAGAAAUCGCAUUGCCACUGCCAGUUUUACAGCAAGCCUUAAUGCUGAGCAGGAAGCGAAGCAGUUGUAUCCUAAAGAUGACGAUCUUGUGCUCCUUUGGCUGCCAGAGAACACUGGAGCAUAUGCUAACGAUGAGCCAGAUUUUCCUGAGAUUAGUGUCCACUUUGGAUGUGUGUUGCGAUCCAGCGUGUUAAGUAAUGGAGGAGGUCAUCUCUCUACGUUAAACCUUACCAUUCAGACACGUGGAAAUGUGGCCUCUAUUAACACCCAAGAUGUUCGCUGUGAACGGAUUGGUUCCCUGAUCAGCACUUUGCGUGAAUUCAGAGCACUGUGUUUGCUUCAAAAAAGCAAAAUGGCACAUCCGAUUCUCAAGCCAGACAUAAAGUUUUACACGCCCUGCGAUGGGCUGCCGAUCCUAGAUAUGCCUGAAUAUAAUGCUGAGCAGACCAAAGCAAUCAGCUGUGGUGUUGCAAUGGUGAAAAGGAAGCAGAAUACUCCAAAGAUUUUGUUAAUACAUGGGCCACCUGGAACUGGCAAGAGCAAAAUCAUAGUUGGCAUGCUGCACAGACUUCUCUCUGAUGCCGAGAGUCCUUCAGUGACUAGGUAUGCUAAGUCUCGAAGACCCAGAAUUCUGCUCUGCGCGCCAUCUAAUGCCGCCAUUGACAACCUGAUGAAGAAAAUCAUUAUUGCAUUUAAAGAAAAGUGCUUGGACAUCCGUGCUCCACAAGGGAACUGUGGUGACAUCAACUUGGUGCGACUAGGGAGCGAGAGGACCAUUUCUAAAGAGCUCAAACUCUUCAGCCUUGACUGCCAGGUCAAGAAAGGUUUGGAGAAAGCGCAACAAAAACAUGAUUUCGAUAUCCAGAGGAUGAAGGAGGAACUGGACAAGAAGUUGGAAACACUGUCUCAGCAGUGUGCCAAGACCGACAAAAAAUCAGCUAGGUUUGAACAGCUGAAUGAAAGAAAGCUAUUUUACUUGCGUGAAAGGGAGAAGCUGAGUCAAAAGUUAAAGGAGCUUCGUAAUAAAAAACAAGCCGUGCAGUCGCGUAUUUUAAUUGACGCUCAUGUGAUCUGCUGCACGCUGAGCACAAGUGGUGGUGGUCUCCUCGAAUCCGCUUUCCGCCGUCUCGGACACGAGCCAUUCUGCUGUGUUAUUGUUGACGAGGCAGGACAGGCUAAAGAAACAGAAACAUUGAUUCCUUUGCUUUAUCGAUGUCAAAACCUUAUCCUAGUGGGUGACCCCAUGCAGCUCCCACCAACUGUUGUUUCCCAGAGAGCCAAAGAGCUGGGCUAUGACCAGUCACUGAUGGCUCGGGUUUGGAAGAGCCUGUAUUACCAGAACACUCAGCUGUCCCCCAGCAUCUUCCUCCGUGUUCAGUACCGCAUGCACCCCAACAUUUGCGAGUUUCCUUCCAAGUACAUCUACGACCACAAUUUAAAAAGUGACCCUGAAACCGCUCAGAAGCUGUGCUCAUCCUCCUGGCCGUUUGAAGCCUACAGAGUGUUUGAUGUGACUGAUGGAAAAGAGAGCAAGGAGAGAGAUUCGUUUAGUAAUUGCAAAGAGGUCAAGCUGGUUGUGCUGCUUUAUAAGCUGCUUGGGGAAAAUCACGCCAAGCGCAAGGAAAAACAGCCGAUGCGUGUCGGCAUCAUCACACCAUAUAACGCCCAGAAACAACGCAUCCAGCAGGCCCUUGAGAAGGAUACAGACAAGGAAUUAAAAAAAUACAUACAUGUGGAAGUGGACACUGUGGAUGGGUUCCAGGGCCGGGAAACAGACUGCAUCAUUGUGUCUUGUGUAAGAGCCAGCAAUGAAAACGGUUCUAUUGGGUUUGUCGCAAAUCGCCAGAGGAUGAAUGUGACCAUAACUAGAGCCAAAUCCAGUUUGUUUAUUCUGGGACAUCUCCGUACACUCCAGGAGCACAGCGACUGGGGUGCGCUGGUACAGGAUGCAGUGAAACGUGGCGCCACGAUCACAGUGACCGAGUCCACCUCUCACAAGUUUGUGCAGAAGGUGCUGAAACCGAUUCACCCCCCUCGUAGAUACUCGCACCCUCCCAGCCUCAUGUCCAAUCCUGCAUAUUCUGAUGGACAAAGAGACCAUAGAACACAUGCUAGACCUUCAGACCCACGUCUACAAUUGCCUUUUCCUGCCAGCAGUGAGCAUGACGGUGGGAACCAAAGCUUCUCACGACCAAGGCCACACAGUCGCCGUGCUUCAGAUGCAUGUCUAGACCAAAGCUCCGGACGCUCCUUCCAUAUGACCUUAGAACGACAUCAAGAACCUCACUUUUCUUCUUCUAGGGCACCUAGGAAAUAAUAUUUGCAUUUAAUUUUAUCUGUCAUUUCAUGGUAGUUUUCACUAAACAGUAAACUUUUUGUGUAAAAAUAAUGUUAACUUGUGACUUUUUGCUUAAACCACAUUAGCAUUGUACCCAAGAUAAACUUUUUUUUUUUUUAACUAUUUGUUCUCAUAUUUGUAAGUUAUAAGUAAUAGAAUUUUAUAUGUUAUGUUUUGAGUCUUUUUCAAUACAAAAUUUCAUAUCUAUGCAAUCAUCUAAAACGGAUAUCGACGGUCUAAAAAAAACUCGCAUGCUCUUCUAACCUUUUUUUCCAAUUUUGUAGCUAAAUGCAUUUUUAUGUCGCUGGAAUUUCAUUUAAAAAAAAAAUCUCAAAACAUUUUAGGGCAAUCGUUUUCAGUUACAAACUGGACAAUCUGGAGCAGGCUACUGCUUCUUUUAUUUCUUUUUUUAAAUAUUUUCGGAGCCGUGCAAUGGAGUUGACGAAGUUAUGCUCUAGUUGAAGAUUUGGGAGAUCUUUUUAUUUUCUGUUCUUAAAUGUCAAAAUUAAGAACAAAUUUCACUGUGUCUAAAAAUGGCUCUGAAAUUGUAAAUCAGGAAUAUAUAUUGAAGGGGUUUUUUUUUUGUUUUUUUUUGUACAUAUUAAGAUAUACAUAUAUAUAUUUGUAAUACAAUUUUUGUAUGGAA